AUGGAAGAACCAAGUGAAGAAUUUAUAGAGAUGAUCGUAACUCUUGCAAAAGUGGAUCAGAUGAAACAACAAAAGAAUAGAGAUAUAGAUAUUGAUACAAAUAAUAACAACAACAAUAGUAGUAGAUUAAAAUCAGCAUCAAAACAACAAUACAAAGAGUAUGUUUUGGAUCAGCCCGAUAAAGUAGUAUCAUGGUUACUCUAUUUAAUUGUAAACGGUACUUACCCAACUAUUAAAGAUAAAUCAAUACAACUACUCGAUAGAUUGUUUGAAAAAGAAGAAGAAGAAGAAGAGGAUUAUGGAUUCAUAGAUGAAUUAUCAAAACCAAUAUUGGAUGCAGUAGAGUUUGAAACAGAAGAGUUACUCAACAACUUUUCAACGCUCCCUAGUAUUACAGAUACAUUUAAAUGUCAUUUGAUUAGUAUCAUUGAAUCGAUUGCAAACUAUAGAAUGAGACAACCUUUGGAUCAAGAUGAAGAAACGUACGCAACCGCUCAUGACAAUCUAUUAUUGAUACUCAAAAAAUCAAAUGGAAGUGUUUCAGGUGCUCGCAUCGAGUAUGCUUUACAGCAACUAAUGUAUCUUUACCUUGGACACAUAUGGAUCGAGGAUCAGACCCUACAGAAUAAUGACACUCUGAUCGAUGUGUUGGAUAGACAUUCACUUGGUGAUAGUGAAAAGGGGUUUGCAUACAAGAGCACAAAGAGAUUGAUAUAUGAUUUUAUAUUGGUCAUGGCAGAGACUGAACCGCACGGAUUCACUGAUAGUCACCUUGAAAGAAUCGUUACUCAUCUGUACGACUGGUUAAUCGACGUUAAAGAUGUUUCUUUAGAAGAGUGGACUCACUGUAACGACAAGAUUGACAUUGACACCAACUUUUUCAAUUUUCCAAACAAUGGAGGCCAAAAUGAUCAUGUAAUCCAAGAUGAUGAACAAGAAGAAGAAGAGGAAGAAAAUGCGGGUGACCUCAAAAAUGAUGACAGUGAAGUAACUAACACUCCAAAAUAUUCAAUAUUUGGAAAAUUUGCAAAAGUGUUUGGUCAACGUAUCGAAGGAUAUAUUUUCAAUCAAUUCAGCAUCUUGUCAACAUCUAAACAAUGGAAAGAUAGAUACGCAGCAAUGAUUAGUUUAUCACAAUCUUGUAAACAUAUUCCACAUCGUAUUGUACAACAAUUUCAAUUUAUUUUAAAAUUGGUAUUAAAAUGUACAGAUGAUGAAAAUAUGCGAGUUAGAUGGGCAUCAUUUCAAAGUUUAAUUCGAUUGUCAUUUGAUUUUAAUGAUAUGAUUAUCGAAUCAAGUGGAGAAAUAUUCAAAGUGAUUGGAAAAUCAAUUCAUGAUCCCAAUCAACGUAUUCAAAGUUGUUGUUGUGUAUUGAUUCAUACAAUGAUGGAACUGUUAAAAAAUGAUGAUAAUAUUGUUGACAAUAAUGUUUUGGAUGCAUUAUUGAGCUCAAUCGAAAUAUUACUUCAAUCAUCAAAAAUAUAUGUAGUUGAAAAUGCAUUAAUAUCAUUAAUGUCAGUGAUACAAAAUAUUGUAAAAGGAUUUAUACCUUAUUAUAAAAGAUUUAUACCAAUAUUAUUAUCAUUAUUGGAGAAACAUAAUGGAACAAGAGAAUCAAAGUUAUUAAGGAUUCGCACAAUCAAGACAUUUAUAAUGUGCUUUGUAGUGGUUGAUCUAAAGACAUUUUCAAAAGAUUAUCACAAAUUUAUGGCAUUUGUUAAAAAGAAUCACAAGUCAUUUGAUCUAAUCGUCUAUGUUUUCGAAGCAUUUGAUGUAUUAAUGAAAAUAUAUGGCAAGACAUUUAAAAUAUAUUUGCCAAUGAUUGUAAAGUUGGUCAUUACUACAUUUGAAACGCCAUUACCCAAUCAAUUAGAUGAUAUAACUCCGUCCGUAUCACAAGAAAUCACAAAGCUAAUGUCAACCCUCAAUAUUUUGUCCAAUAGAGUGUCUUUAUCAAAAGAUGGUUCCGUUUACCAACCGUUGACGCAAUUUGUACAUAGAUUGGUAGGUCCACUUUGCAAAUUGACAAUUAAUCCACUCUUUCCCAAACUCAGAAUCCAAUCUCUUGCCUGUUUACCUCUUUGUAUUGAACUUUUCAAGUUGCGUUAUGGUGAUCGUAGUGAAAAGACACUCGAGGCAUUUGGCAAGAUAUACGAAAUGGUAUUGUGUCAUCAAGAGACUGACCUUCGUGUUGCAGUGAUACGAAUGACAAUGUCAACAUAUCUCAUCAACGCAAUGGGUAAAGAUGCAAUGACAUUUGAUCAAGUACAGUCGACGCUGGACGCAUUCAACAGGAUGGAGAAAUGGACUGAAGAUAUUGAAAUUGCUGAAGACGAUGAUGACAGAGAUCAACAGGAGCUAAUCGAAACCUCUGGAUACGCACUGGUAGCCAUCUAUGGGAUGAUUUCUGUGAUGAUAGAGUACAAUGGAGCUAUAUCGGCACCACUCAUCACAUCUAAUUUUUUGACCAAGAUUUGCAACAAGUUGCGAAAUGAUCAAGAAGCCGAUGUCAUCAAGGUAGUUCUCCUCAACUUUUUGGCUCAUUUCUGCCAGUAUGGUGGUGAUUCAGCCAUCAACGCAUUCCCACAGAUUAUACCAACCAUUAUCGAUUGUCUGCAACUUACAGGUAUAACAACUAUACGAAACGCUUCGAUUGCACUUGGUGCCGCAGCACAGAUUUCCAAGGAUAGGUUCUCACCUUGGGUCAUAGACACGUUAGAUGGUUUUGAUAACAUUAUAUAUGCACCAGAUAUGUAUCCAGGAAACAAAGAUUCUAUGCAACAUAUCAUCGCUAGUAUGGGAAAAAUAAUCCGAUACGUGCCAUACACUUCAGCAAACAACCUAGUCACCUUUAUUCCAGAAUGGUUGAACCACCCUAUCAUCUCUAAAAUCGAGGAUCAGAGUGCCAUUGUGAUUGUCAUUGAUACCCUAUGUACCAUUAUACCUCUCUACCCCAAAGAUUGUCUAGGCGAACAAUACCAACAGGUUGUCAGAAUACACCAAAUCAUCCAACACUAUUUGAAAAUUAGUCAACAACCAGAAGAGAUACAACGACUCGAACAAACAUGGUUAUUUAUCAAAGAUACAUUUGAUGAGAAUUGGAAUUCUAUUCCAGAAGUAACUAGAGAUAGAAUAUCAAAAUUAGAAUUAGAAACUCUUUCAAAUUUAAAUUGA